AUGUGGAAAGUAGCUAUCGACCAUACUGCGAUCAGUAUCGAUGAUAAUGAUGCUGACGACAAACAGUUUAAACGAGUUUCGAUCGAAGUAUCUCAUGUACCAAUAGUAUCAAAUCAAUCGUGUCGUGCGCCAUUAGUCUCUUUUGAUGAACAUGGUGAUAUUCCAUAUCAUGUAUUAGCUCGAUCACCUUCGUCUGUUCAUCUUCCGUCUACUACAACUCAUGAGCAUAAUAUUAUUUGGAAUUAUUGCUUUAAUUGUUGCUCUUGGAAACGAUUUCGACGUGAUUUUUGUCAUGUUUUUUCUCAAUUUUUAUUUUCUCAAGUUGGCUUGUCGAUUCUUGUUUUUGCUUAUGUUGCUCUCGGUGGUCUUAUCUUCUAUACUAUUGAAUCGAAAUAUGAAUCUCAUAAAAAUGAACAAAUCAAACGUGAACAUACACGUGGAAUUCGAAAUAUUCGUCAUAUAGCUACCGAUGAAUUUAAUUGGAUGUUAAAUGCCUCAUUUGAAUUACGUUAUGCACUUUGGCGUGGAAUGAUGUCACGUCAAGAUGGUUAUGAUAAUACUGGUUGGCGUGUACAAGUUAAUAAUGAAAGAUUUGAUAAAUUAGUUGAUGAAGAAUUAGCGAGAAUGCAAGCUGAACAAGAAAAACUCACUGAUAAACAUGAUACGAGAACAGACGUAUCCUAUAAUCAAAAAUGGACAUUUUCAACGGCAAUGCUCUAUUCAGCAACGGUGAUAACUACAGUUGGAUAUGGAAAUAUAGCACCAAAAUCAAUAUUAGGCAAAGUUACGACAUGUAUUUAUGCUAUGUUCGGAAUUCCGAUUAUGAUUAUGUGUUUAACAAAUACGGGUGAUCUACUUGCUUUUUUCUUUAUCAAAUAUUACUCAUUGACAAUUAAUUUUUCUCAACGAAUGAUCAAACGACGUAGACAAAAACGACGACAACGAUCAAAAUUAUCUUUUGAAAUCGACGAUGAAACUGUACAACAUGUACCGAUUGCAGCAACAUUGGGUGUACUCGCUUUAUAUAUUGUAGCCGGUGCUGUUUUAUUUUCUCAUUGGGAAGGAUGGUCUUAUGUUGAUGGUGCUUAUUUUUCGUUUAUUACAUUUACUACUAUAGGUCUUGGCGAUUUGGUACCUGGCAAAGGAACAUUAACAGAAAAUAAGAAUGGAAAAUCGAUUCUAUGUGCUCUCUAUCUUCUAUUUGGGCUUGUUCUUACGGCUAUGUGUUUUAAAUUGAUGCAAGAUGAUUUAUUUGCUAUGAAACAAAGACUAUUUGAACGUCUUGGUUUGCAAACAUAUCAUAAUACUCAUCAUCAUCAUCAUCAUCAAGAAUCACAUACUUGUGACGAUAUCAAAGGACAUUUCUGA